AAAGGAAUUUUGAUUUCCAGGUGUUAUAAGUAAUCAGGGAUGAGUGGCACAGCGAGUGCAUACCGCUGACUAAUGGCUGGUGUGAAGUGGCCAGCCUUCUGCAGGCCUCGGUGUCGGAGGAAAGUGUUCCCGCCUGAUCAAAUAGAAGACGGAAAUUUACGAAGAUGUCUGAACCGCUGGGAUCUGACGGCGCUGGGCGUGGGCAGCGCCACGGGGGCCGGAAUCUACGUGCUUAUAGGGUACGUGGCGCUCAACGUCGCCGGGCCCUCAGUCGUGCUCUCCUUUCUCAUGGCUGCAGUCGCCGCUUUAUUUGCAGGUCUGUGCUACGCGGAGUUCGCGACUCGGGUGCCGAGGGCGGGCUCCGCUUACAUCUACACGUACGUGGCCAUCGGUGAACUGAUGGCCUUCCUUAUAGGCUGGUGCAAUAUCCUGGAAGCUGCUGUUGGAGCGGCGAGUCUCUCCAGUGGUCUUAGUUUGUAUUUAGACUCCAUGGUCAACGGCUCAAUGACGGCGUGGUACGAGUCCGCCAUGCCUCUCGGAGUGUCUCUCAUGUCGCCCUACUUCAACCUGCUCGCUUUCCUCAUCAUUCUCUGUGUUGGAGUGUUGUUGUCGGUCGGCGUGCGUGAGUCCGCGUAUGUAAACAACGUUUUGGUCGGAGUCAACAUCAUCGUCAUUGCGUUCAUUAUCGUCGCUGGAGCCAUUUGCGCCGACGUCAAUAACUGGUAUAUUCCACUGACGGACGUUCCUGAGGGGAGCGGUUCGGGCGGGUUCUUCCCGUACGGCGUGUGGGGUACGAUGCAGGGAGUCGCCGUGUGCUUCUACGGGUUUGUUGGAUUUGAUACCGUCAAUGCUGUAGCUGAAGAAGUCCACAGGCCUCGCCGUACGAUACCCUUCACAAUCCUGAUCGUGCUUCUGGUGGCGUUUUUGGUAUACUCCAGUGUUUCCAUCGUCGUCACUAUGAUGGUGCCUUAUUAUCUUCAGGACAGGAUGUAUGCCGUGACUUCUGCUUUCGGCUACGUCGGCUGGAACUGGGCGCGAUGGAUAGUGUUUUUUGGUGCGAUAUUUGGCAUUUUAUCUAACAUAAUAGGUGCACUACUUCCUCUCCCAAGGCUGAUGUACGCGAUGGCCUCAGAUGGGCUGCUAUUUAGCUUCUUCGCCAAGCUGACUCCCAGCCGCAAGUCUCCAGCUCUUGCCACCGCGCUGUCAGCUGUUAUAAUCAGUGUGCUGGCAGGUAUUCUAGACCUGGAGACUCUCAUCUUGAUGAUGUGUCUCGGAACACUCUUUUCGUAUACCAUAGUCGCGAUCUCUGUUGUAGUUUUAAGAUAUCAUUCAAGUUACGCCCCUAAGUCAUCCCCUGGAUUUUUCAAAGAGCUGUUUGGUUGCGGAUUCCGUUUGCCCACAAAAGGCACGGAGCGGAUCGUCGAAGUUUCCUUGGCGUUGUUCAUUGCUGCUUCUGUCAGCUCUGCCCUGGUGAUCACACACGCCAACAGCCCUCUCAUCCCGGCAGUGAUUAUACACGCGCUGGUCAUCUUGCUUGUGGUCAUCAUGAUGCUGCAGCCGAGAGCAAAGGAGGAAGUGUCUUUCAAGACCCCGCUGGUCCCGCUGAUCCCAUGCCUCAGCAUUUACGUAAACGUGCACCUGAUGGUGCUCAUCAAACUGCAGACGUGGAUCUGUGUCGCGGUUUGGAUACUAAUCGGCAUACCGAUAUACAUUAUAUGCAUCUGCUGCUAUAAACGAAAGGAUAUUGUAGAAGAUAAAACAACAGCAAGACACAAAAAUGGAACCCCACCUGUCCAAAUCGUUGUGGAAUCACCCACCCCUCCCGAUACUAUGAAUAGAAUUAGUACUUACGGAGGAGACGAUACCAUCGAAGAAAUGGAUAACGAAACAGAAGGAAGCGUCAGAGGCCUAACCAUGCUGGCCAAGCGUGCCGGCGAGCCGCCAAAGACUGAAGAGAUAACAAUACAUCAGGCGUAUGUAGAAAAUAACGAAGAGAAGGAAGCGAAGAUAAUUGACCUGCUCGAUCAAGUGCUUCAAGCCGAAGAAGACACCUAUGGAGAAGUAAUUAGCCUCCAAGAUCAAAAAGAAGACAUACCAAUGCGCAAUGAAGUGCAAAGGAAAUCGAUUAGUGAACUAUCUGACGUAGGGUCGGAUGCAUCAUUGGGUAAUCAGGGAUUAUCUAAAUAUGAUGUCAUAGCGCAAGUCCACAGAGAGGAUCUGCCUAGAGUAAACGAAGAGGAAGAAAGUUAUUCUGAUACUUUAGAUAGCAGAAAUACACUUUCCGAAAAUGUAGAAGGGAAGGAAGAUGCCCCGUAUAUUCCUGUGCCGCCUCCGUUGGACGAAAAUUUCUUUAGAAGUCCACAUUUCAAGAAAUCGUAUACUAUAUCUGCAAGGCCGACAAAGAAAGAAGGUGAAGAAGAAGAAGAAGAGAAACCAAGGAGUAGUGUUAAUUCCAAUAAUUCACAAGAAGAGGACAACAUUACGUUUGGUAGCGACAGACAGAUACAUUUUAUGAGCAAACUGAACAAUCUUUUCCAGAACAAAAUAUCUGGCAGCGACGAUGACGAACCAAGGAAAAGGUCUCAUUCCACUGGUAAUGUCACUGAGGGUACAGAAUUCUCCCCAAUAAAAGAACGUAUAUCGUUGUUAGAUUUGCAAAAAGAGAUAAUAUCACGUGAAGCAGCGCAAAAUUUAAAACCAGUAAACUCGGAAGAUACAAACUCCGUUGAGGAAGAACCCGAAGAAGACACUAGCAUGAGCAGACAAGAUUUGAAAUCAAAACUGGAGAAUAUAUUCGCCACUGGCGGUCCACAUCUUCUGAAGCCGAGGCUGAUGAAGUCUAACCCACCAACGCCAGAAGAGGCGUACCAAACUGACACAUCGAGUACAGAAAGUAUAGCAAAGUUACCAAAAGUUGAUAAAAACGAUACUCUGAAGAGACAGAAAGCAAAGUUUGGUGAAGUAUUGAACUCGUUUAGGUUAAGUAUGAAUAAAGACGACGAAGUCUAAGUAAUUUUUGUAUAUUAUUAACUUAAAUAUUGUUUGUGUGCCUUAUUUAUGGUUGAUAUUGAGUAGUAUUCUGGACAAUACGAAUUUUAGCUGUAAGUCUUAGUUACCGAUUGUUUGUGAUAAUCACCAUCAGCCGGAAGACUGAAAUGUUGAGAAAUAUUCGACACUGCAUUUGCUGAAUUUAAAUAACAAACACAUUAUAAAAGAAUAAAGUAUUGAUAAAGAUCAAAAUAUUAUUACAUUUGCAAAUGCAGCGUCAAUGUGCAAUAUGUAUAUUUUCACAAUGCCAUUUAGUAAUGUGAUUAAUAAAUUAUAUUAUUAUACUAAA